UAUUUCUCCCCAUCAUCCCUCACAUUCCAAACAGACCGUUAUUAGCGAUGAUUUAGCAUAGAAACAACAACGUUGUUCAGCUGUUGCAUCACAAUCCUCUUUCAUUCUCUGGGUAUUAACUUGGGAUUGCAAUGUUUGGUUCGCGUGGAUCUUUUGGAUUACUCGACAAUAUUAGUCGAGCUCUCUUUCAAAAUUUGUCGUUUCGUUGCCAAAGGGUCCAAUGCCUUCGCAUUGGUAAUGCUGAAAUCCCAAAUGACAAGCGCUUGAGGUUUGCUCUUCAGCACAUCCAGGGAAUUGGCCGCCAAAGAGCUCACCAAAUCCUAAAUGACCUUAGCAUAGGGAACAAAUUUGCCAAGGACUUGACUGGAUUGGAGCUCCACUCUCUUAGAGAUGAAGUCUCUAAGUACUUGAUUGGAGAAGACCUAAAGCGAUGUGUUAGAAGUGAUAUACAGAAAUUGGUAGAUGUUCGGUGCUACAGAGGAUUCAAUCAUGUUUGCCUGUUGCCAUGCAGAGGACAGCGAACUAGCACUAAUGCCCGGACCAGGAAGGAUCAAAGAAAUCGUGAUAGAAGCAAGUGGGAUGCACAUCAGUCUCUGGCAGAAACGAUGCAGAAGCGUCAAGAAAGAAGAUUUGCAGGAUAAGUGGAUGCGAAUCUCAAACUAGCUGAUUGUUUUACAGGCAAAACCUCUUAAUUCAAGUAGUGUGGCAAAAGCAUGACAUUAAUUAAUGACAUUAUCAUUACCUUGAAUUUAAUUGUAAAAUGUACAAUUCCAGCUAAAUCUAUCCAAUUGAUUUCAUACCCUUCAAAGGGUCUGAGAGUGGACGAUCUUGGAUUUGAGUA